GUACCGACAGUUUGUUGCAGUAGUGCAUUCGUGAGAGUCGCAAUUCUGCAUCGACGUGAUGUACGCGUGGCACAGUAAAAUUGUCCGGCCCGUGACGUUUGCUCUGGUGGCGUUCCUCAUCGGCUGUGCUCUCUCGCUACCGGCCCUGGAACGUGCCGAGGAUGGCGAGCUUUCGCUGUCUCCAAAUGGAACCGUCCACGAGGAGGUUGUGGUCGCUGCGUCGCUCUAUGUCCGGAAGAAGCCUGCUCGGCAGCAGCGACAACAACCCAUCGUUCCCGUGCAUUCGAUGGGCAAAAGAGAAAUACGCAUGCAACAGUCCGUAGGGGCCGCGGAAGGCAAGUCGCACGGCGACAAGAUCUUCGGUAACUCGAAGCGACUCAACGAGAAGGGCUUCCCUCAAAGCCAACCCACUCCUCGCCACGGCAAUCACUUAUAGAUCGUCGGAUCAGCAGCGCGCCAAUUGUUCGCAGACGGAACGUCGCGGCAGCGAACUUGUUAACUAGGAAAGUUCGGUUUCUUUUGGACCUCUCGCAGCGGUGCGCGAUUCCACGAAAUCCACGCAAUGAGGCUAUAGUGGUUUACUAAAUUGGCAAAGCGAACAGAGUGUGCGUGUUUCUAUGGUCCGGAGUAGAUGGUGGGAAAAUGGUGGCUUUGUUGUUGGGAACCAACCUUCCGAGAUCUUGGUAGCGUGCAAGAAUUUCCUACAACCUCCAGCGCCGGAUGUGCCGUGCCGCCCCACGAUGAUUAACGACAGCCAGCCGUCUGCUUAGGGGAGAACAGUUGUUUUCGCAACCAAUAGUGUUCCUCGGUGUGUGAGUGUCUAACUGAGGCUGAUAACAGAAUUCAACCAUUCUUUGCUUGAUACUGUUAUCAGUGUAUGCGGCGUUUCGAAUAAUAUUUACGCAUUUUUUCCAACAUUCUACAAAAGUUGUAUAUCAAAACGAGUUAAUAAACCAUGUAUUUUUUAAAUGACA